AGGGGAGGGGUGGAGCUUGGGGGAGGUGACUGAAAGCCGACUUUCUCGUCUGAGAAAGCAGUGCAGCAAAAGCAAGGAUUAUCAGUGAAACAUUAUCCCAGCACAGCAGAUACUGCACUUCCACUAUGAAAAUUUCUCACCAUUUUGAUUCUGUGUCUCAAAGCUGUUUUGUUCCAGUCUCCACCUGGGGAAGAUAUAAAGAGGAAGAUGUGCAUUCUCAUCCCCCUGCUGCUUCUCUGUUCUCCUGCAUAUGGGUAUCUGCUGAGGUUUACACUGACUCUGAGAGGACAACCUGGGAAAAUGCACAGGCAUUCUGCAGGGAGCACCACACUGACCUGGUCACAAUUAGAAAUGAGCAAGAGAAUGGAAUUUUCAGAGGCUAUGGCUGGAUUGGACUAUAUUGCGAGAACAGCUCAAGUAUAUGGAAAUGGUCCACAGGAGAUGAACUGGCAACCUACACCAAAUGGGACAGUAAUGAACCACAGACAGAUACACACUGCGCAUGGAGGUUUUCUGACAAAUGGGAGACAGACGGUUGUGAUGACAUUCAUUCUUUCAUGUGCUAUGAUGACCUGAUUUUGGUGAAGGAGAAUAAGACAUGGGAGGAGGCAUUAGUACACUGUAGGUCUCUGGAUGGAGGGAACACAGAAGAUCCAGCCUCUUCAUACUGGAACUAUAGCUAUGACCUGGCAACCCUGAUCACUCCAUAUGACCACACGUAUGCACGAGAGAAAGUGCAAGAGGCUACCACUGAUGAGGUGUGGACAGGCUUGUGUAACCCACCUGGUGAGUGGCUGUGGGUGAGUGGAGAACAGAUGCAAUAUAAGAAUAUUCCAAGCUGCCCGACUAACGGCUUCUGUGGCGUCCUGGAGAAAAGAGGCACAACAUCUUUCCAAAUAAGAGACUGCAAACUUCGAAGGAACUUCUUCUGUUACAAAAGGAUUUGAACUCAUUCAGUUCCCACAAGUACUGAACUUUAAUUUAAAUUUGAGGACAUUGUACUUGUACCUUGAUUUAACAGGAGUUAAGGUGAUAAUGAAAGGACCUUUUAAAUUUAUUUAAUGAUAUUAAAUACAAACAAAAACAAACAUGCUA